UUGCAACCCAGACACCCAUUAUUGCAUUAAAAAAUCAAAUUCGCAUUCGUAAAUUUGUGUUUGUGUGAUUAUCGUAUGAACAAAACUUUAGUGUUCAUAGCUUCUGCGUAUGCAUAACGCACAAACAAUUUUCCUUUAUUGUGACCCAUACCAAACAUGUUUCUUUCGAGGUAUAAAAACUAAAGGAAAGGCAGUGGCCACGCGUGUUGUAUAAACCUGUAAUCUAUAAUCUCUGUCAUCCAUAGACAAUCUAGAAUAUAUAAAAACUAUACCUUAGAAAACAGUAGAGCCGCAGGUCAACUUUUAUCAUUUAUCAGUGGUUAGCAAGUGGAAAAAAACUGUGAAGGGUUUCUAUAGGUACGUAAGUGUACUAACCGAAUCGGUAAAAAGUAAAAACCUGCAGAAUUUGAUGGAAUUAUUUGUGUCGUAAAAUUGUGUGGUUUGUUCUAGUUUCCUGUAGCAUUUCUAUACAUAAUCAGCACGAAUUACGCGAACUGCUGUGAAAAUGAACUCGUCACCAGUGGGGAAAAAUUUUGUAAUCGUUAAGGAAUGUGAGUUAGAGGCUAUGAUGAUAGUUUUACGAAAUUAUUUUCCGUAUUCCUUAAAGUUCCACGAAACGAUUAAGACGUACCUAAAUGAUAGAGUAUGGUACUUUCAAUUUUAUAAAGCAAAUACUUGGCCUGAUGAUCCUGUUUGCCUACAUUUUCCUGGGUGUACAUUCACGCCGGAUAACAAGAUGAACGAAAGCGUAGGUAUAUUUUGUCCACCAGACAGACUAGAGCGAAUGGAACUGAUUAAAGACGAAGACAUUCUUUUCGAUUGGCACAGUCCAAUUUACAUGAACUUUACCCAUGUAGGCAUUAUGCACAAGAUGGAAGAAAUAUGUCGGGAAAAAGUUAUGGGAAAAUUGGACGGUCAUAUAUUUGGAGAUAUUUAUGUUCACGAGUGUCCGGCAGAGUUAGAUUUGACAUUGGAACCUUUGGCACCGAACGAAGCAAUCAUGAAGCCACUGUGUGUCAACGACGUAAAAGAUAUUCAUGAUCUAUAUCCAGCGGCCGAUAUCGAGAGCUUGGAUCUUUUUGAAAAGCUGGUACGACAACUUCCAGGAUUCGGUGUAUUCAAUCUGACCGACAACGAAUUAGCUGCUUGGAGCUUACAGUCGUAUUACGGAGGAAUGUUUUCAAUGCAAACCAAGCCCAAGUUUCGAAGAAAAGGGUAUGGGAUUCAGCUGGCACAGUCUUUAACGAAGUUAGUUAUUCAACGAGGUUAUAUACCGUUCGUAGUGAUAAGGCCAGAAAAUGAUGCUUCCCGUGGACUCUACACAAAGUUGGGCUUCCGAAAAGCAUUUGAAAGUGUGCGAGGUACAUUUUUGCCAUGUUCUGGCGAAGCAAAUCCAACAGACGCUCAGGAACAAGACGAAGAAAAAAAUGAUAGAUCAGAAACAUCGAUGGACAAGCAUUCUAAUGAAGAACAUGCCAAUAGUGUGAAUGGAAAUGCAACCGAGAAAGAAAAAAAACGUUGAAUUAUUUCAUUUAUCGAGGAAUAAGAGUAUACUUCACGGAGUAUACUAUUAUAACACCAGUCCGUUACAAAAGAAUAUAGGGAGUUGCUUGAUUGAUAGGAUAAAGAUAUGGUAAGAAAUUUGGCUAAACAUUUAUAAUCAUAGCAGUUGCAAAUCUGCAAAUCAGCAGCGUGAACAGCAGCAGCAUUUGCAAUAGCCUGAGCCGCAAAUCCUACGCAACCACAGCAAAAAAUAACAGUUACUAUCGCAGCGUGUUUUGCAUAACGCAUAUUGCAUAACGUCUCAAGCAAAUGCAAACGAUCUUGAAAUACCUAUAAAGUGCGCACGUAAAAGAUAUUAAAAAUAGAUAGAGCUCUUAUAUAAAUUUCUAUUUAAUAAACAAGUAUUCUCUCCAACAAGAAAU